AUGGCGGGUGACAGUGACCUGUGGCCCUCCCUGAAAGGCAGCCAGAUUGCAGGCUCUGCUGGAACAGGAUGGACGGUCAGAGGAGAGGCUUCAGCUGCAGUGCUGUCCAAAUAUCAGAGGCUGGAGGCGGUCCCGGCUAGGGCGUUUCUUUUGGAGCGCGCCGAGGCCGGGGUGGGGCGGGGCCGGGCUGGCGCUGCCAGGACUGAGCCUGCGGGGCGGCUCCCCUCACCCGCUCACUUCGUGUCCUUCCGAGCUCCGCCCCACACGGCCCGGGGGUGCCAGUCCCGCUGCCGCCGCCGCCGCCCGCGCGCUGCACUCGGGAGCGUCCCUGCGCGCACUGGGCGCACCAUGGCCCGCGGGUCUGCGCUGGCGCUGCUGCUGCUCCUCGGCCUGCUCGGCGCUUUGGUGGCCGCCCCGGAUAAUGAUUUUGAUUUAUCCGAUGCCCUCGGGGACAAUGAAGACAAGAAACCCACAGCAACCCCCAAGAAGCCCAGCGCUGGGGAUGACUUCGACUUAACGGAUGCUCUUGGUGGUGGAGGACACAAUGACCCAGCACCACCGAACCCACCCAAACCAAAGCCAAAUCCACACCCCAACCAGCCUAGUUCCACUGGAGGCUUUUCAGAUGCUGAUCUGGCAGAUGGUGUUCCUGGUGGAGAAGGAACAGCAGGUGGUCAUGGCGGAGGGAGCCAGGGGAAAGAAGGGGAGCAGGCCGAUGCCCCAGGCGUGAUCCCCGGGAUCGUGGGGGCCAUCGUGGUCGCCGUGGCCGGAGCCAUCUCCAGCUUCAUUGCUUACCAGAAAAAGAAGCUGUGCUUCAAAGAAAACGAUGAGCUGAAGACCUAGGGGUGAGCAGAGAGCGCAGCCCAGGCCUGCAGAGCGCCCUGACCGCACUUGUUUAUCUGCUAAGACGCAGCCUUAAAGCAAAGCCUUCCAUCGCCGCUGCCCUCGCCCCGCGGGCAGGCGACCACCAUGAUGGGAUUCUCGCUCACGUGGCAGGUUGCCUGCCUGCAGCUCCAUGGGCUUUUCCUUUCUUGAUGCAUAGAGGCUCACUACAUCAAAUCUUAUUAUAGUUCUGCACAGGAGCUUCAGAAAAUGAAGAGAAACGCAGAUGUUUUCUUUUAAACUUAAAAUCGAAUAGAAACAGGGCAGUGACUUCCAUGUUUUAUGACUUUUGUCCCCAAGUCCAUCCCUGCCAAAGGAACACGCUGGGAACCGGGCUGGGCACCCUCUUCCCCACAAUGUCCUACGUGAAGCUCACUCACGUCAUAAGGAUUGGACCUUCCAGGCUACGUGUGGGUUUUUAAAUCUUCCACCUUUUCAGCCCUUGCCUUUUUAGGCUGCAUUCUCGCUCUGUCUCCCAUGAAGCCGAUCUUAACUCUUUCUGUGAUCAGCGCUGCAAACAGGUGCACAUCUCGGUUCCUAGAAACACAAAAUUCUUACGUUUA